AUGUGGUCUAUGGUAGCGCCGCCAAAAAAUGUUAUGAAGAUUCGGGAUGCGAAGGAGGACAUCAUCAACCACCUGAAAAAGAUUGGCUUGCCAUUCAGCAUCAUCGACAUUGGCUUUUGGUAUGAGAUCAUGAUCCCAAGAGUUGACUCUGGACGAUCGGAUCAUAUCGCCUUGUAUUCCAAGUACUUCUUCGUUGACGAGAGCUUAUUCUCCGCGUCACAAAGAGUCUACAAUAUGCAUGCAUCCAUGCUCAUCAAACACAUCAUGCCGCGUUUCCAUUCAUCAGUCAACAUCAGAUCAAGAAGCCGCCCGUGA